UGAUUACGUAUCUGCCGGGGCGGCUAAGGCGGUUCCGCUGGCUUGUGUGGACGCGGCCGGUGACUCCCCGCGCUGCUCGGUCGACUACCCUAACGCUGCGACCUAAAACGGACCCCCUAACCCUGGACCGCCGCCUGAACAUGGAUUCCGCCGGCCAAGAUAUCAACCUGAAUUCUCCAAACAAAGGCCUGCUGUCCGACUCUAUGACUGAUGUCCCUGUGGACACAGCGGUGGCUACCCAGAGUCCUGUUGUUGAAGGCCUGACAGAAGCAGAGGAGGAGGAGCUCAAGGCUGAGCUGGCAAAGGUGGAAGAGGAAAUUGUCACUCUGCGCCAGGUCCUGGCAGCCAAGGAGAGGCACUGUGGAGAGCUGAAAAGGAAGUUGGGCCUCUCUGCUUUGGAGGGCCUGAAGCAGAACCUAUCCAAGAGCUGGCAUGAUGUGCAAGUCUCAAACGCCUAUGUGAAAACAUCAGAGAAACUUGGAGAGUGGAACGAGAAAGUGACCCAGUCGGACCUCUACAAGAAGACUCAGGAAACACUCACUCAGGCAGGACAGAAGACCUCUGCUGCCCUGUCCACCAUGGGCUCUGCCAUCAGCAGGAAGCUUGGAGACAUGAGGGCAUCUUCCCUCUGGCCGCCCGACACCUUGUGGACAUGCGGGUCCUUCCUAUGUGGUCCAUCUGCUAGAGCGCGUGGCAUCCUCUCACGGAGGGUCGCCCAUUCUCACACUCCUUUAGGAAUUCUGCGACCUUCAGGUCAUUUGAAGACCGAGUUGGGACCAUAAAGUUUUCUAAUUUCAAGAAUAUCAUAUAAAUGGAACCACAAAGCACAUAGCCUUUGGGGAUUGGAUCGUUUUGCUCUGCAUAUGUCCCUGGAGAUAUGUCCUGCCUGUUGCCUAUGUCAUUGCUUUUCAUUGCUAAGCUUUGUUCAUCUACAUGACCUCAUGUAGAAAACCGAAUACCACACAUCGCCAUCAUGGGCCUCGAACCUGCCUAACAUUGUGUGCUCUGCCUCAGGGUUGUCUUUCUUGGUCUUUUCCUAU